CAUUAAAAGUUGAAAUUCUCUAGUAAAAAACGUAGAGCAACUCCAACACUCAAAAACCCAUCGCCAAAAUAUUUGUUCAUAACAGAUCUUUUCAAACCGCCACCAGCUCCUCGCCGUUAUUGGAUUCCCCUUCCAAUUGCGCCGCCUCGGGAGUGAAAUUAUUAGCAUCCGCUGAAUUCUUGUGAUAAUCCGCCCCCUUCAAGUGAGGGGCUGCGAUGCCACUGUGGUGUGCUUCCUGUGCGAAAUAUGUUGGGACUGAUAACCUUGACGGCAGAACAUGCUGUAAGCUUUGCGGGAGGGUUCUUAGUGAGGAUUUCUUUUCGGAGGAUGCUACAUUUGUGAAAACAGCUGAUGGACAGGCGCGAAGGGCAGGUUGUCUUGUGAGGUCCAUGCAAGAUACUUCUGAAUCUACCCAGAGGACACUGGACGAAGCGUAUUAUGGAAUAAACAGUAUGAUGUCUGCCUUGGAUAUUGAUGGUGGUGAACACAAAGCUAAUAUAGCUCUUAAUUUAUAUAAGGUGGCACUUAUAAGAAACUUCACAAGGGGGCGCAGGAAAGAACAAGUGCAAGCUGCUUGUCUUUACAUCAUGUGUAGGAUGCAAAAAAAGCCAUAUCUUCUUAUUGAUUUCUCAGAACAUCUAAGGAUAAAUGUUUAUGUGCUAGGGGCGGUCUUUUUGCAGCUUUGCAAAGUUCUUAGACUUGAAGAAAAUCCACUUAUUCAAAAUCUUGUGGAUCCUAGCCUUUUCAUUCACCGAUUUGCUGACCGUCUGUUCAAAAGAAGAGAUCAAAAUGUUUCCAAAACUGCGCUUCUUAUUGUUGCUAGUAUGAAGCGUGAUUGGAUGCAGACUGGGAGGAAACCAAGUGGGUUGUGCGGAGCUGCGCUUUAUAUAUCUGCUCUUGCACAUGGUCUUGUUUGUUCAAAGUCAGAGAUUAUUAAGGCAGUCCACAUCUGUGAAGCCACACUGACAAAGCGGUUGAUUGAAUUUGAAAAUACCGAGUCAGGGGGUUUAACGAUUGAGGAGUUUGAGGAGAAGUCAAAGGAGGUUGACAUUGUGGAAAAAAAAAUUGGUGAAGACGAGUCGUCAAUGAAGUUAUUCAAUACAGGGAAAGAAGCAUCUAGGAGUGAUGAACUUCUCUGUAAGCAUAAGGGUGCUGGGAAACCUCACUUUGCUUAUGGUCUUUGUUCUGAAUGCUACAAAGAUUUCAUGAAACUAUCUGGAGGCCUGAAUGGUGGAUCAGAGCCUCCAGCUUUCCAGCUCGCUGAGAGGAAAAGAAUAAUGGCUAAGGAAGCUGCUGCUGAACGUUCUGAGAACCUGGAUUCAUCAAUGUUUCCCAGUCCAACCGAGACCAACAGCAAACUCUUAAAUUCAAACACUAUAAAUGACAGAAUGGAUGCUUGUGAUUUUACUUCGGAAGAGUCAGAGAGUUUAUCGGACAUUGAUGACAUUGAGGUGGAUGUAUAUAUUAACACCGAGGAGGAGAAGAAUUUGAAAACGACUGUCUGGGAGGAGAUUAACAGAGAAUAUCUUGAGGAGCAGGCAGCAAAAGAAGCUUCUGCAUCAGCUGCAAAGAAAGCCUUUGAAGCCAGUUUUUCUAACUGCUCAGAGGACGUUGAAGGUGCAAGACAGCUUGCUGCGGCAGCUGCUGCAGCAGCUGCACAGAAUAGGAAGGAAAAACGACAGAAGCGAGCUGCUGAGUUAAAAAACCGUGGCCCUCCUCAAACUGCUGAUGAGGCAUUAAAAAAUAUGCUAGAUACAAAGGGGUUGAGUGACAGAAUUCAAUACGAGUCACUGGAGGACCUUUUUGAUUUGCUGGAUGAGCAGAACCCUAAAAGAAGCAAAACGGAGGCGGAGGCAGAGGCAGAGGUGGAGGUGGAGGCUGAGUCGGAGCGUGACGACUAUUUCAACAAUAACGAAGAAGAUCCUGAAUAUGACCAUGACCAAGAUUAUAACGAUAUGAAUGAUUUCUAGUAUUUAUCACGUAUAGUAUAUCCUGUAUUAUUAUUAUUAUUAUUAUUAUUAUGCACCAUGCUGUUGUAUAUUACAGUGUAUAUUUAGGUUAUUAAAGUACUAUUAAUGUCU